AUGGUGGAUGAAACGCCAAACAAUCUUAGGUUCAGACCUACCGAGAGUGAACAAUUCCAGAAAUCAUCUGAGAGACAGCCCAAUAAAUCCCCCAGUUUGAUUAAGUCAUUUUACGAACUUGGUCGUUUCGGUAAACCGAUAGGUUUUUCAGUCAACUGGGGUGCUAUGCUGGCCUAUGCUGCCAUUGUGGGUUAUAUUAACCCUUCUAUCACAUUUCCUCUGUAUCUGGCUGGCGUCAAUUGGACAAUGAUUUACGACACAAUAUACGCACAUCAGGAUGUUAAUGAUGACAUCCUUAUAGGUGUCAAAUCGACCGCCGUUCUAUUUGGAGAGAAAACUAAAUCAUAUUUGGCCAUUUUUCACACGGGAAUGACAGUGUGUUUUCUCAUUGCUGGGAUUAAUGCUCAGGCUGGUUGGAUUUAUUACCUCGGGACGUUAUGCACUAUGUUGCAUAUAGCCAAUAUGAUACGAGAAGUAGACUUGAAGAAUCCUGCUUCUUGUUCACAGACGUUUGAAACCACUAGAACAUCUGGUCUCUUGUUCUUUCUUACUAUUGUACUUGAUAACAUGUACACCUAA